CGUAGUGCUCGAGGGUGCUGCUGAAGAAGAGGCUGAAGAGCCAGACGCUACUAUAUGUUCUACACUAAGCGAGGAGACCAGCAACCACGGAGAGAGCCACGGUCAAUCAGGGGAUAAAAAUGAAGAGAAGCAGCUGGAAAGCUUAAACAGCUACAAGGUAUCACCAAGUUCACCAAACAGUUUGGAGGAAGCAGACUUGUCCUCCAUUGACGCCAUGAUGUCAGCAGUGAUGAAUGUGGGGAAGAUUGCUGAAAAUGGCGGGAACUCUCAAACUGUCAAAUCCCCCUCAAAGUCUCCUGCACCGAAUCGGAUUGGCAGGAGGAACCAGGAAACAAAAGAAGAGAAGUCUUCCUAUACCUGUCCUCUGUGUGAAAAGAUUUGCACUACACAGCACCAGCUAACUAUGCACAUUCGUCAGCAUAACACUGACACUGGAGGAACAGACCAUUCCUGCAGCAUCUGUGGAAAGUCUCUGAGCUCAGCGAGCUCCCUUGAUCGCCACAUGCUGGUGCACUCAGGUGAAAGGCCUUAUAAAUGUUCAGUAUGUGGACAGUCCUUCACCACCAAUGGAAACAUGCACAGGCACAUGAAGAUUCACGAGAAGGAUCCGAACAGCACAGUGAGCACGACUCCCCCGUCGCCGCUGAAGCGCAGGCGAUUUUCUUCGAAACGGAAGUUUAGUCACGAUGCUGAGAUAGACAGAGAGGAGAGAACACCUGCAAAAAAGGUUGUCGAGGAUGGUCACUCUGGUGAAGGGGAUAAGAAGGCUGAGGAGGAAGCUUAUCAUUGUCCAGUGUGUUUCAAAGAGUUUUUUUGCAAGUAUGGGCUGGAGUCCCACAUGGACACACAUCCAGAUAAUUCUCUGAGGUGUGACAUCUGUUGUAUCACCUUUCGUACUCACCGGGGCUUACUGCGCCAUAAUGCAGUUAUCCACAAGCAGCUUCCCAGAGAUCCCAUGGGAAAGCCUUUCAUUCAGAACAACCCGUCGAUACCAGCAGGCUUCCACGACUUGGGAUUCACGGACUUUUCCUGCAGGAAGUUCCCCCGCAUAUCUCAGGUCUGGUGUGAAACGAAUUUGCGAAGGUGCAUCAGCGACUUCCAUCGAUUCAUUUGCGAGACGUGUAACAAGGCAUUCCCCAUGCUUUCGGCGCUCAAACUGCACAGAGAAACCCAUGUGAUGGAUCAGGGAAAAGACAAGCACAAGCCACAGUCCACCGCCCCACCUGGCGAGAACCUAGACCAGAAAGCCUUCAUGGCAUCCUUGGGCCUCCAGUACACCAAAGACAUCAAGCCUGUCAAGCAGGAGGGCAAUACACAGGACGAGGUCCAAGAAAUGCAGCUCAGAGCACUGAAGAGUAACCUACCUCAGGAACCCGGCAGCACCGGUCUGCUCAGCCUCUCCCCUCUGGAAGCUGCCUCCAUGGGAGGGUCAUUUUCAGUCCUUCCCCCCACAAAAGAAAACAUAAAGCUCCUCUCACUGCAGCCUUUCCAGAAGGGUUUUAUCAUCCAGCCUGACAGCAGUAUUGUGGUAAAACCCAUCUCCAAUGAGUCUGCCAUUGAGCUGGCAGACAUUCAGCAGAUCUUGAAGAUGGCUUCUUCCGCUCCGCCUCAGAUCAGUCUUCCUCCACUUUCUAAGGCACCUUCUGUCCCUGUGCAGUCCAUUUUCAAGCAUAUGCCACCGCUGAAGCCAAAGCCUUUGGUAACACCCCGAACGGUCGUUGCGACCUCUACGCCUCCUCCUCUUAUCAGUGCCCAGCAAGCCUCCCCUGGCUGCAUCAGCCCCAGCCUCCCGCCUCCCCCCCUGAGGCUGAUCAAGAACUCGGUGGAGUCCUCCUCCAACUCUCACCUCCCCCAGCCAGGAGCCAAAUCGAGUCCUUCCUCACAGCUGCUCCUCCAACCCAAAGUAGAGCCUUUAACUCAGCACGAGAUGAAGACGCAGCUGGAGCAGGACAGCAUCAUCGAAGCUCUCCUGCCUCUGAGCAUGGAAGCUAAGAUCAAGCAAGAGGUGACGGAAGGGGACCUCAAAGCCAUCAUCGCAGGGGCGGCAAACAAGAAAGCCCCAACCAUGAGGAAAGUUUUGUACCCCUGCCGUUUCUGUGACCAGGUGUUUGCCUUCUCCGGUGUCCUGAGAGCUCACAUACGUUCUCACUUGGGUAUUUCCCCAUACCAGUGCAACAUCUGUGACUACAUCGCAGCCGACAAGGCGGCACUGAUCCGGCACCUGCGGACGCACAGUGGGGAGAGGCCUUACAUCUGUAAAAUCUGCCACUACCCCUUCACAGUGAAAGCCAAUUGCGAGAGGCACCUGCGAAAGAAGCACCUCAAAGUGACCAGGAAGGAUAUAGAGAAGAACAUCGAAUAUGUCACCAGCAACGCCGCAGAGAUGGUGGAUGCCUUCUGCUCCCCGGACACUGUGUGCAAGCUGUGUGGUGAGGACCUGAAGCACUACCGGGCCCUCCGCAUUCACAUGAGGACGCACAGCGGCUGCCAGAAGAAGAAGCCGUUCGAGUGCAAGGAGUGUGGCACAGCCUUUUCAGCCAAGAGAAAUUGCAUUCACCAUAUCCUCAAGCAGCACUUGCACGUGCAGGAAAGAGAGAUUGAGAAUUACAUCCUAGCAGUGGACUGCAGCACCCAGGAAGGCCAGACAGACCCUUCUUUACUGGAAGACAGCACUUACAUGGACCGCAAGUCCAUGACGCCUUUCCUGGAGCCACAGAAUGGCUUCUUGCUUGGGACGCCGUCUCACGUUCCCAUCAAACUUGAACCUGCAGGCAACUUCCCGAUGGAUUUUGAUGAGCCGUUGGAUUUCUCUCAGAAGAACAAAAACCUGAGUGCCGUGCAAGUGAAGCAGGAAAACCUGUUUGGCUCUUCUCCCCUGUCCCUCUACGACUGUUCCAUGGAGCCCAUUGACUUGUCCAUCCCCAAAGCCCUGAAGAAGGAUAAAGAUGAUCUCCUAUGUGAAGCCAGGAGUCAAGAGCUGGUGGCUUCGGGGAAUGGUAAAAAAGCCUAUAACUGUCUGCAGUGUCCUUUGGUUUUUGGUGCCAGUGGGAACUCAGAGCAAAACAGAGCUGUUAGACAUCCCCAGCCACUGAAAGGUUCGUUACAUUUGACUGUCCCGAUCAUUUCCCCGUCUCUCCUUGGCAAUUCUGCCUUGCUGAGACCCUUGAGGCCUAAGCCACCACCGCCACCUCUCUUGCCAAAGCCUCCAGUAACUAAAGAGCUGCCACCGUUGGCUUCUAUUGCUCAGAUCAUUUCAUCUGUGUCUUCUGCUCCCGCUUUGCUGAAAACGGAGGCUGCAGACGCCAGUCCCACAGCAGUGAGCAGCUCCACUGGCUGCGAGAAAUCAGGGAACGCCAAAGCAAAAGUGACAAUCGUGACCGCCGUUCAGAGAGACUCCAGCCUGCCCGCUGACCUGACGCAGGCCUGUGACCCAGAGCAGUCUCCCGUUGCCGAUGCUGGGUUGACUAAGAAAAGAGGUAGAAAGAAAGGAACGAAAAAUAAGCCUAAACUUAGCUGUGGUGUGGAUCUGGAGUCAAGUGGGGAGUUUGCCAGCAUAGAGAAAAUGCUGGCUACCACAGACACUAAUAAGUUCAGCCCUUUUCUGCAGUCCACUGACAAUUUCAAGGAAGAAAGCGGCAGAAAUGGAACAAGUGAGGAUGGGAAAGAAACUGCUGAAGAUAAGCUGCUGAGACGGAAGAGGAAAGCUUACUCGGAUUGCCUGCAAAAUAUCCCCUGUCCUUACUGUCCUCAAGUCUUUCCAUGGGAAAAUUCCCUGCAGCAGCACAUGCUCACUCACACAG